UCUACCCCUUUAUGAAAUUCAGUUGACUGAUGUGAACACAGCUAUUAACAUCCUAAGCCAGGGUCAAAUUAGUCCAUUGCAUUCAAGACUCAAUACAGACUUGAUGGAUACUAAAGAACGAACUUUAAGAUACUACAAAAGGAAAGCACAGGAGACUUGUACAGCUCUACUAGAUGCAAUUGCUCCUCAUCAAGGAGAGAGACUUAAGAAGAUAGCAUUACCAAAUUCAGAAGCUACUGAUGAUGACCUUUUCCAUGUUGUUGGCGAAAUGUACCACAAUAUCAAGGAUGUGAAUGUGAAAUGUCAACUUUUGUCUCUAGUAGUAAACAGAUGUUCAAAGGCUGAACUGUUGACAAAAUUUCCAGAGGUUACAAAACAUCAGAUAGAUAAAGCUAGGAGACCUGCUUUCGUAAAUGGUCCUGGAUCAGGUGUUCAGCAAACAGUAUCUUCUCAACACAGACAGAGAAUCAAUUUUGCAAAGUUACAGCAUGCAGUAGAAUUUUUCAGUGAUCCAUCAUUCAACCGGAUUUCAUCAUACACUACAAGGAACCUAAAGCUAGAUUCUGGAGACAUUUUAGUAAUUCCUGAUGUAGUUAGGACUAUGAUCCAUUCAAAUUUGAUCAAACUUUACAACACAUACUGCGCCAGUAAUGACUUUGAGCCUCUUAGUCAGUCAACUCUAUAUGAAGUCCUAAAUGCAUGUAGUGCAUCAAAACGGAAGUGUCUGAAAGGACUUGACAACAUUGCUGUUGAUGGAUCUUCUGCUUUUGACAGUCUGAGUAGCUUAGUUGAUAAACUUGAUGAACCUCAACAAUGGAAAAAAGAAAUGAAGGAAAAGCUGUUCAAUGCUCGACUGUACUUAAAGACUGACUACAAACUCCACAUCAAGCGAGAAGAUGAAUGUGCUUUCCACUGCUUACAAUAUGCACUGAGUGACCCCAAAUCAAGCCAUCUUAGUGUUUCAUGUGACCAUGAGCAUAAUAAGAUCUGCAGCAGGUGUAACAUAUUUGGUGAAGCUGCCACAGAGAUCCGAAAGGUCAUCAUAAAGACUCCAUCAGAAAAGCAAGAGGUACUAUUGCAAGAUUUGGAAAUGUCCGUAACACAGGUAGAGGACUGGAGAUCUCAUAUUAUAAGAACUGUGAAUCAAGAUGAUGGAAGAGUAGACAUUCUGCAUGACUUGAAGAACAAUGAAGUUUUAGUGAUUCUAGACUGGGCGAUGAAAUAUUUGCCACAGAUGUACAGUGAGAAAAUGAAAGACUUCUUUGGACAGAAAGGUGUACACUGGCAUGUGUGUGUUGCAGUUUUCAAGGAAAAAAAUGGAAGUUUAGUGCACAAGACUUUUACUCACAUAAUGGAUUAUGUGAAGCAGGACUUCUUUGCUGUUCUUUCAUUACUAGAACAUACACUAGUAACUAUUAAACAACAGCUGCCACACAUUACAGAAGCUUACCUUAGAUCAGACAACGCGGGGUGCUACCAUUGUGGGCAGACAUGGCUCUCCAUACCAUCAUUGUCAGAAAGAACAGGAAUUACUGUGAAGCGUUUUGACUACAGUGAAGCACAGAGUGGAAAAAGUUACUGUGAUGCAAAAAUUGCUCACAUGAGAUCAAAGAUGAGGAUCUUUUCUUCAGAGGGUCAUAAUAUAAGUACAGCUAUCCAGAUGAAGGAAGCAAUUGAGAGUGGUGCAGGAGUCAAGGGAACGUGCAUUGCUGUUGUUGAUGUUGAUGUCACUAAACAAACACUCACAAAGCAUUCUUGGAAGGGAGUAAGCUUCAUAUCAAACAUAGAAUUCACAGCCGCAGGAUUAAGAACAUGGAAAGCAUACAGAAUCGGAGAGGGGUGCUUCAAAGAUAUGGAAAGUCUUCAGAAACUAGGUCAAGCGCAAUCUACUACCAGUUUAAAGAUCAUAAGUGACUUCAACCACCCUGAAGAACAUGGCCAAAUUCAUCUUAAGACACCAGAGAAUCAACCAGGAUCACAUGAUGAUCAAUCUGUUACCUUAUCAAAUGAUGAUGAUGAUGGUGUUGAUGAUGAACCUUCUGGAAUGAACUCUAAGUUAUUCUUUUGUCCUGAAUAUGGAUGUUUAAAGUCAUAUCAGACUUUUGAGAAUCUGAAUGAGCAUCUACUCACUGGAAAUCAUGUGUUUAAAAAAAUGUCAGAAUCUUCAGGUGACAAAGCAAAGAAACUAUGGGCAGAAAAAUGUGACACUGUGUUGGCAGCUACCCGCCCUAGAGUUGAACACGAGUCAGAGGCUUUAGACAGUGUUGUAGAUUUGCCAGGUCUAGGAUGGGCUUUGAAGAAAGAAAAAAGAUACUGCAGAUUCUCUCAAAAAGUGAAGAAUUUCUUGACCGAGUUAUUCAAGAAAGGAGAAGAAAGUGGUAGAAAGGAGAAUCCCACAGCUGUUGCUCUGGAAAUGCAAACUAUGAUGGAAGAUGGAAGAAGGAAGUUUUCUCCUUGUGAAUGGUUACAGCCAAGUCAGAUUUCUUCAUUUUUUUCUCGACUUGCAAUAAAUUCCAACCAAUCAAAUGUACUUUGUGUGGACACAUGUGAGUUAGUUUCAAGUGACAGUGAUUUGUUAGCUGAUUUAGGUGAACUUCAAAAUGAGGAACUUUUUCAAAGCAUCAGUGAUUGACAUAAACAGAUUACAGGUAGUCCACUCAAGUAUUUCUGCAUUUUGAAUACUACUUACUAAGACAGGCAGAUAAGAUCUUCUGGCAAUCUUAGAAAUGCAAUGUAUUUGAUUUUAUGUUUGCAGUGUUACUGUUAUUUCAGCUUUUACAAUGAUAUUUUGAUGCAUCACUAUGACUAUUGCCAAUUUUUAAAGUAUGAAGUGUUUCUCUUGUCCAUAUUCUGCCUAGCUGUCUUUCUGUCCAUCAAAUGCACAAUUUGUUUAGCUCAUUUUUUAGGAAACUAUUGAAAGUAUUUUUAUCAAACUUCAUCUGGUGAUACAUAUUGGUGAGUGCUAUCAUCUGCAUUAAAAUUGUUUGACCUUAACCUUCCUAUGACCUUGACAUUGCCAUCAUUUUAUUUUGUAUUUAUCUCAUUUUCAAAGAAACUAUUCAAGGUAUUUUUAUAUAGACAUAU